AUGGCUCCCGACACAGGCUUCGGCCUGGUAAUGCAGAAUCCGUAUCUCUGCGGCGUGGCUUCGUUCUCGACCCUUGGGGGCCUGCUGUUCGGUUACGACCAAGGCGUCAUCAGCGGCGUCAUCACCAUGGAGUCGUUCGCAGCGCUGUUCCCUCGGGUGUUCUCUGAUAGCGGCUUCAAGGGCUGGUUCGUAUCUACGCUUCUCUUAGCUGCAUGGCUUGGAUCCCUCAUCAACGGCCCUGUUGCCGACCGUAUGGGGCGAAAGCUAUCCAUUAACCUUGCAGUUGUUGUGUUUGUCGUUGGGUCCGCUAUCCAGUGUGGCGCAGUGAAUAUCCCAAUGCUCUUUGUUGGCCGGGCAAUUGCUGGGCUAGCAGUCGGUAUGCUGACCAUGGUGGUGCCCCUGUACAUAUCCGAGGUGUCUAUUCCUGAAAUCCGCGGAGGCCUGGUUGUUGUGCAGCAACUGUCGGUGACCAUCGGUAUCUUGAUCAGCUACUGGAUCGACUACGGCACCAACUACAUCGGUGGCUCCCGGUGCGCCCCCGAGCUUCCUUAUACUGGGGGCACGACAGCCAAACCAGCCUUCGACCCAUACAACGAUGUCCCAGCAGGCGGCUGCACCGGCCAGUCCGAAGCUUCAUGGCGUCUCCCAUUAGCCAUCCAGAUUGUCCCUGCUGUGGUACUUGGAAUUGGCAUGCUGUUCUUUCCAGACUCCCCUCGCUGGCUGCUGAUGAAGGAGCGCGACGAUGAGGCCCUUUCGGCGCUGUCACGACUCCGUCGACAGCCUCGCGACAGCUCUCCUCUGCAGAACGAGUAUCUGGAAGUCCGGGCGUCAAUUAUGCUUGAGAACACCUUUGCCCGGGACAGUUUUCCUAAUGUAUCUGGGGUUAAGCUCCAUGCGGCUCAGUAUCUAUCGCUCUUCACCAACUGGGCACGCUUCAAACGGCUGGCUAUUGGUUGCUGCGUGAUGUUCUUCCAGCAGUUCAUGGGGUGCAAUGCGAUGAUCUACUACGCACCCACAAUAUUCGGCCAGCUUGGUCUGGACGGCAACACCACGUCGCUCCUUGCCACAGGCGUCUACGGUAUUGUCAACUGUCUCAGUACCCUACCAGCUCUCUUCUUCAUUGACAAAGUUGGCCGACGUGUUCUGCUCAUGGCCGGUGCUACCGGUACCUGCAUCUCGCUGGUCAUCGUGGGUGGCAUCCUUGGGGGCUAUGGCGCCAGCUUGGUGGAUCACAAGUCUGCUGGCUGGGCUGGCAUCGCCUUCAUUUAUAUCUACGACAUCAACUUCUCGUACUCGUUUGCCCCUAUCGGGUGGGUUCUGCCCUCUGAAAUCUUCAAUCUGUCCAUUCGCUCCAAAGCCAUCUCAAUAACCACGUCGGCCACCUGGAUGUGCAACUUCAUCAUUGGCCUUGUCACACCAGAUAUGCUCGACUCGAUCUCCUGGGGAACCUACAUCUUCUUUGCAGCCUUCUGCCUCCUGGCCCUGGCGUUUACAUUCUUCUGUAUUCCGGAAACCCGUGGCAAGACCCUUGAAGAUAUGGACCUCAUCUUUGGAGAUACGGCAGCCCACGAGGAGAAGCAGCGCAUCAAGCACAUUGAGGGGGAGCUGCGUGGGAUCCCUGUUGAUAUCAAUGAAGAUCUGAAGCCAGGAGACGAGCAUACCGAGAUUGUAGAUUAA